AUGGGUGAAGCAGUUUCUCCACCCGUUUCGUCAUCAACUAGUGGCCCACGUUUUCGGAUAGUUCCAGGUCCAGUUUUAGGUGAAAACAGUCGUUCAAAUCUUCCGCGAAGUUCAUGUUUGACGUCAUCCGCUUCGACGCCAUCGUUCGAUUCGCAGUUGAACAAUCAGGAAAUGCAGCUACGCCCCGUGCAGUAUGUCAUGUUGAACCAAGGUAACAAUAUACAAAGUCAGCAGAUGCGUACUACAAGUGCUGCUGAGCAAGCGAGCAUGGUUUCUAAGUGUGCUCGCUUCUUUAAGACACUCAUACAUCUCUCGCAACAACCAGAUCAACAACAAGGACAACAAACUGCUAUGCGUGUUACUGAACUUGUUAAAUUUGUUAUUUACGGUUCAAUGCCUCCAGAAGUUUUUACCAGCCGUCUACAAGAAGCUUUGCGUUCACAAGCGCAGCCUCAUUUACUUCCAUUUUUGCAGAGAACUUUACCAGCGCUACGGUCAGCAUUACAAAAAGGUGAAGUAGUUAUCGAAGGAAUUAGUGGUUCAAUUCCGCAACAGCCAACAAUUCUUGAUAUUUCUCAUUCUACUCCGCAGUGGAAUGCAAAUAAUGCGCAGCGUACAAACAACGAGAAUUCUUACAUGUCACAGAGAUCAACUAGUGUUGUUCCACCACCCUUAAUGAUGAAUAGCAGCGUGGGAAGCUAUUCGAAAACUGAUGGAAGCGAUGAUUAUUCAAUAGAAGAAUCUUCUAGUGAAAGUGAAGUCCGUACAUUGUCUUCUACUCAAACUCAGCACAAGCUUUUAAAUGGAGAUGUAAUUGCGCGUAAAAUUCAGCGUAUAAUGCCUGAUGGAGGUGUUCCUCAAGAUGAAGUGAUUACUAUGAUUUCCCAAGCUGCAGAAUCGAGAUUGCGAAUAAUGUUGACCAAAUUAGCUGUUGUUGCAGAGCAUCGUUUAGAGCCUCUACGAAAUCAUCCUUAUUAUCGAGCAAUUGAUGAUGCUCGUCGACAACUUCGUUUCGUAGAAGAAUUAGAGCGUUUAGACUAUGAACGUAAAGAAAAUCGUGAAAAAGAAGCAUUAAUUCGACUUAGUAAAACUAGAGGAAAGGACAAGGAAACUUUGGUAGAAAAAGCAAAGCAGUUGCAAAGAGCUGAUCAGGAGGCUGCUCGAAAUCGUGAUGCCAAUGCUGCCGCAAUAGCAGCUUUAGGUGGCGGGAAAAUUAACAAAAAACCGUGGUCAGAAAUGAGCAAUCCGCUAGACCAACCGAUAUCCUCUGGAAUUUCUCUUCAGACCCAGAGACCUCGUACGAAGCGUGUUACUAUGCGUGACUUGCAAUUGGUGAUAUCUCAAGACCCGAUCGCUCGAACUUCGCAAUUGAGACAUCGUUUGGCUUUGUUCAAUUAUGCCAGUGAUACUGUUUCUUCAUAA